AUAUAGAGAUUAUAUCUUCAUAUAAGACACUUGUGAAAAUCUCAACCCGAUAACAUUCGCUACAUAUAAAAGCGGUGAUCCUCCUUUAACCUUAUAUUCUUCAAGUAUCAUACAUGAAUAGGUGUACAAUCUCACUCUUUUCCACCAUCCGUUGCUUAUCUUUCUUUGAGCUUGAGAUAUCAUAUUAAGCAAAGCGCACUUCAGUCAGCGGUGUGCUCAUCCAACAGUUUAUAGAUCUCUUUAGAUCGAUCUUGUUGUACCCUUCAAUUUAUAGAAUUGCCUUUUCUUGAGAUACUUCUUAUGCUCAACCUCAACAAGCAACUCUUCAAAUUGUUAAGGACAACACCAGCCUCAAAACUACCUAGCAAAAUGUCCUUAUCUCAGCUUGUGGAUUCAAAAACACACUUGAUACCAGGAAAGCUGAAAGUUUCGGAACUAUUUUUCGAGGUUCCUUUGGACUACUCUAAUGAAUCAAAAGGCUCAAUUCGAAUAUUCGCGCGUAGUGUAAUCAAGUAUGAGAAUCCAGCUACAAACCCCACGGAAGAAGAAAACCGCAAGUCUUCCCAAAAGCCCUGGUUUGUUUACCUCCAAGGUGGUCCAGGUUUUGGAUGCAGACCACCUCAAGAUUCUCCAAUUACCAAUGUAGUUCUCGAUAAAGGCUAUCAAAUGUUAUAUAUUGAUCAGCGGGGAACUGGAUUGAGUAAUCCGAUUUCAGCUGGUACUUUGGCUUUGCAGGGAGAUGCUCAACGUCAAGCCGAUUAUCUUAAGCAUUUCAGAGCUGAUAAUAUUGUGAGGGAUUGUGAGGCUAUAAGAAAGAUACUCACUGCUGAUUAUCCUGAAGAACUCAAGAAAUGGUCCGUGUUCGGCCAAUCAUUUGGUGGUUUUUGCAUCCUCACAUAUCUCUCUUUUCACCACCAAGGUCUACGUGAAGUUUUCACCAGCGGUGGUCUUGCCCCAGUUGGUCACUCGGCCGAUCGAGUCUAUCGCGCUACCUUUCAAAAAGUAAUUGAGAGAAACCGGGCCUACUAUCAAAAGUUUCCCGAAGAUGUUGCUGUUGUUCAAGGUCUGGCAAUUCACAUUAGCGCUAAGAAUGGACUUCAAAUGCCAUCUGGUGGUACAUUGACUGUGAGAAUGUUCUUAACUAUGGGUAUUCAGUUUGGGUUCCAUGGAGGUUUGGAUCUGGUUCAUGAUAUUGUGUUAAGGAUGAGUUCGGAUUUGGAUCAGUAUUCGUUCAUUACUAAACCUACUCUUAAGGUUAUUGAGGAUAUAGUCAGUAUGGAUAACAAUGUAAUCUACGCUAUCUUGCACGAAUCCAUCUAUUGCCAAGGCAAAGCCUCAGACUGGGCCGCCGACCGAGUAGGAAGGUCCCUCUCCGAAUUCAAAUGGCUCACCGGGCGUCCCCGUUCCCCCUCCUCCCUAAUCAGCGAGCCGCUCUUCUUCUCCGGUGAAAUGAUUUAUCCCUUCAUGUUCGAAACCUCCCCCGAACUUUCCGCUAUCUACCCAGCCGCCAAGAUCCUAGCCGAAUACACAGAAUGGCCCCCUCUAUACGAUGAAUGGCAAUUGGCACGAAAUGAAGUUCCCAUGUAUUCAGCUACGUAUGUGGAUGACAUGUACGUGGAUUUUGGGCUAGCGCAGGAAACAGUUAGAUUGGUGAGGGGAUGUAAACAGUGGGUUACUAAUGGAAUGUAUCAUGAUGCUGUGAGGAGUAGGACGGGAGAAAUGAUGGCGGAACUUUUUGCGUUGAGGGAUGAUGUUAUCGAUUAGUAGAAGGAGAGAGAGAGCGUAGGGAGGGAAGGAAGGACGAAAGGGAAAGAAUGAGAAAACAUAGAGCGAGUGCAUAAAAUCCAAUGAGUUACGAUACUGCGAGAACAGCUCAACACGUAUCUGAAUCCCAUCCAUCAACGUUGUACUUCCAUCUUCGGCACAAUACUAUUAGACUUAUCUACCCAAUUGAUUUUACACAAACCUUCUCAUUCCAAGGUUUCUCUGCUUCGUCCAAACUAUCCAAAGAAUGAUACGUACUCAAAACUUCGAAGCAAAAAGCUAGUAACGCUUAUCAUAUCAUCUUUAUAAAACCACUAGGUAUGUAGGAUGUAUCUGGUCUCG